AGUGCAAAAUUAUCAAAAAUUCAAAUGGAUCCAUGCCAAUAUUGUCCAAAGCCCCACUUCUCUAGGGCGUUUCCAAACUUUUGUAGGGCAGUGUAUAUGACGAUAUAGUACCUUUUCUGCUACCUUGUGGAUUUCCUCCUCUACUUUGGCCCGACGCUCGUGAUAUAAACAAAGUAACUCAAAGUUAUGUGUUAAGUGUUAAGUGUUUUCGGCUUGGCAUUGUGUACCUGGAGUCGAGUGUUUUCAUCAAUGCACGAAACCUCUGUUUCUCGACUGUGUAAAUUGGGACCAUCAGGGAGCUGCUAUUUAUAUACAGGGCAUUAAAACUGAUUUUGAAUGCACGAUCGCAUUUUACUUUUACUUUUGAUAUUUGCGAUCGCACAUGCCAUGUUUAUACUACAGCGGCAGUACUUACCACACGUUUUACAAGAUUAGAUGCUUGCCAGUGGUGCUCAGGAUCUGCAAAUCAUUCGCCACCAUCUUCAGUCAUCUCUCCUUACACUGUUUAUGUGGUGAGGACAAAUCAGGAAUCAGACGAGGUUUAUGAGGAGAAAAGUUUGCUUUGCUCUUCCUGUUGACUUUUGUUCUAAAGCUUUAAACAUCACUUCAUCAUAAUGAGCACUGUAUGAAGAUAUUUGUGGCUAUGGCCAGUGAACCACUUGAAGGGUUCCAUGAGGUGAACCUGGCAUCACCGACCACCCCAGAUCUUCAUGGCGUUAUCGACCCGAGCCCACCAAAGCACAACGCUCCCCCCAGCACACUGUACCGCACACACUCUCUGACUUCUGGCCAGAAUGCACCCAAUGCUCUCAGAGCUGACCAGCUGCCCACCCAGCCCGUGUACUCUGCCCCCCGUCACCUGGGCACAGAGGAUGCCCUCAAUGGCAGUGGAAAUGAUCCCGCAUCUGCUUUGGAUGCAGUGGACGGCAACGUCCCAUCAGCUGAUGGAGAGGAUGUUCUGGGCCUGAGCACAGACAGUCUGUCCCGUCUCAGAAGUCCAUCAGUUAUGGAGGUCAGAGAAAAAGGCUAUGAGAAGCUAAAGGAGGAGCUCGCCAAAGCACAACGGGAGCUUAAGUUAAAAGACGAGGAGUGUGAGAGGCUUUCUAAAGUGAGAGACCAGCUGGGGCAGGAGCUGGAGGAACUCACUGCUAGCCUUUUUGAGGAAGCUCAUAAGAUGGUACACGAAGCAAACCUGAAGCAAGCCACUGCGGAAAAACAACUAAAGGAGGCACUGGGAAAAAUCGAUGUUCUGCAGGCCGAAGUGGCUGCUUUGAAGACUCUGGUCCUGUCAACCUCUCCCACGUCCCCCUGUAAGGAAAUGCCCCCUGGACCCAAAGCCCCCUUUAAGAAAGGCCACGCUCGCAACAAGAGCACGAGCAGUGCCAUGUUGGGCAGCCAUCAGGAGGUCGCAGUGACGCAGCCCAUUGUACGUGAGUGUAAAGAGGUGGAUUCAUUGCUCUUCAACGAGUUCAAAGUGUGGAAAGAGGAGCCGACCCUGGAGAGAAGCUGCUCCUUCCUCGAGCGCAUUUACAGAGAAGACAUCUACCCAUGUCUAACAUUUUCUAAGAGUGAGCUCGGUUCGGCAAUCCUGGAGGCGGUGGAACAGAACACACUGAGCGUGGAGCCGGUGGGAUUCCAGCCGCUGCCGGUGGUCAAAGCAUCUGCUGUUGAGUGUGGAGGACCCAAGAUGGCACAGACUCUCGUGAAAUGUGCCCUGUGUGGUCAAACCAAAACUUGCAAGCACAGAAUCAAGUUUGGCGACUCCAGCAACUAUUAUUACGUAUCCCCGUUUUGCCGUUAUCGGAUCACAUCUGUCUGCAACUUCUUUACCUACAUUCGCUACAUCCUCCAAGGACUUGUCAAACAACAAGAUGCAGAGCAGAUGUUCUGGGAGGUCAUGCAGCUACGAAAGGAGAUGUCCAACGCCAAGCUUGGGUACUACAAAGAUGAACUGUGAACAGAGCCAUCCAGUCAGUCACUGGGAACGCCAUCGUCUUAACCCGGCCGCUCCUUGACGUGAUGAUGUUUACCGGUCCUGUCAGAGUGGCUUCCCAGGGACCACCACACCUCAUUAUAUUUAUUAAAAACAAAGGAGAAGAAGACACUAAAGCAUGAACUGUAGCUGGAGGUUGCGUUCUCUCUGAAGAAUCUGUACAAUGAAGGAUGAAACACUCAAAUAAACGCGUCUCAACAUCUCUUAGAUUGAUAUGUUCAGUGCUGUAGCUAGCUGUGUGCUGUUGUGCUGUUGUGUUUCUAUAUCUGGAAUGUUUUGUGUGUAUCCUCAUGGACCACUUUGUGUAUUUCCUCAUGAGUCUCAUCUAGCCUCCCUCAUUUUGAUUUUAGUGCCUUUCUGGAAGCCUGAAUAAAGUUGUGCACCUCCAGAGGAGAAUAAA